AUAGAUUCUCUUUUGUGACAAUUUUAUUUUAUUUCAUCAUAUCUCGCCUUCUGCAACCUUCCUGCUUGUUCUAGAGUUCACCCGACCUUCCUCCAUCCAACCGUUUUAAACUCCACAAAACCUAGAUUUCAUGUGAUCAAAUUGCAAGAUCGAUCGAUAGCAAAUUGUGUAUCACAAAAUCCAAGAGUAAUGGACGUUAGGUCUGUUGUUGAAGCUGUUUCAACCGAUGAUGAUGACGCACCUGUGUACCAGGUUGAGAGCCUCUGCAUGCGAUGUGGUGAAAAUGGGACAACGAGAUUUAUGUUAACGUUGAUUCCGCACUUUAGAAAGAUUUUGUUGUCGGCAUUCGAGUGUCCUCAUUGUGGCGAGAGGAAUAACGAGGUGCAGUUUGCGGGUGAAAUACAACCCAAAGGUUCUUGCUAUCGCUUGGAAUACUCAGCAGGUGAUCAAAAGAUGCUUGAUCGACAAGUGGUGAAAUCCGAAACUGCCACAAUUAAGAUACCUCAACUGGAUUUUGAGAUUCCUCCAGAGGCGCAACGAGGAUCUUUAUCUACGGUGGAAGGAAUUCUGGUCCGAGCCGCAGAUGAAUUACAAGCACUUCAAGAUGAAAGAAAGAAAGUUGAUCCCCAAACUGCCGAGGCUAUAGACGAGUUCAUACGAAAACUAAGAGCAUGUGCAACAGGAGCUUCAUCUUUUACCUUCGUACUAGACGAUCCUGCUGGCAACAGCUUUAUAGAGAACCCGUAUGCUCCAUCCCCAGAUCCGUCAUUAAGUAUUGAUUUUUACGAGCGAACCCCUGAGCAACAAGCUGCGCUUGGAUAUCUUGUUGACCAAUCACAAACGAGAGAACACGGAAAUGAUGCAUCAUCAAAUAAUCAAACAUCUGAACCACAUGGAUCAGUUGGAGCCGUUGCUGGACGGCGAGCUAUUGCUCAGGGUAAUAGUGCAGAAUUCGCAGAGGCCCUGUUUCGCUAUACUGCACCAGAAGAGGUGAUGACUUUCCCAUCGACAUGUGGUGCUUGUGCUGUUAGGUGUGAGACUCGGAUGUUUGUAACCAAGAUUCCUUACUUCCAAGAGGUGAUCGUGAUGGCAUCUACAUGUGAUGCUUGUGGCUAUAGAAAUUCUGAGUUAAAGGCAGGUGGUGCUAUACCUGCAAAAGGAAAGAAAGUGACACUAGUAGUGCGAAAUGUUGAAGAUUUAAGCCGUGAUGUGAUUAAGUCAGACACUGCAAGUGUAAAAAUCCCGGAGAUCGAUUUGGAGCUUGCUGGUGGCACAUUGGGAGGUCUUGUGACCACUGUGGAAGGUUUGGUCACCAAAAUCAGUGAAAGUCUUGAGAGAGUGCACGGGUUCACUUUUGGAGAUAGUCUGGAUGAGGAUAGAAAAAGCAGAUGGCUGGACUUCAGGGCGAGACUCGUCAAGCUUUUGAAUAUAGAAGAACCUUGGACGCUGAUCUUAGACGAUGCUCUGGCAAACUCUUUCAUUGCACCGGCUACCGAUGAUAUUAAAGAUGACCGUCAGUUAACUUUUGAAGAAUACGAGAGAUCGUGGGAACAAAAUGAGGAGUUGGGUUUAAAUGACAUGGACACCUCGUCUGCUGACGCUGCAUAUGCUUCUGCUUCGUGAAAGGAUGUCCGUUCCUAACUUUGCUUGUUUCCUGUUCGUGUGACUGUUAUAAACUCUGGUUAGCAUUGUUGUAAUCCAUGAAUAAAUGUUGCUGCCAAGUGCUUUUUCUGUGUGGUGAAGAACAUGAACAAAGGAAAACAGAAAGGGGCAAGUUGUUUUUAAGACAAAGAUAUAAUGAUGGAGGUGUUACCAUUUUAGUGAUAGUUUGACGUUCUGAAUAAAAUGAUUUUUAUGCUCA